CUCCUUAUAAUCAUCAUCAUCUUAUGCAUGUCCAGGCUGCAGAAAAGCAAUAUGAGAUCACAAGGAAACACUAAAAUUUAGCUUUUCACUUUCUCUGCUCUUUGAACGUCCUUUAGACUGAGACAUGAAGACUGCUGCUCAAAUUUAGGAUAUUUGGUCCUCAUAAUAGCAUUCUUUCCAUAUUUGACAGAUUUCCUUAAAUUUAUAAUGGGAAGGCGCGUGUUUGGCGUAUUUAGCACUUUUUACGCAUGCUUCUGUUUAUUUGUUGUGCUCCUGCAAAUUGCUAGCUCCCAGAGAAACCCGGGAGCUCAACCAAGAAAUGACCAAAGAGGUGCUUUUCGGCAGACGCUGCAGUGGUCUCACAACGGAAAGGUUUUCAGCCUUUUAAGCCAAGGCUCGGAGUACGUGCCGCCGAAGCGCAGGGGCGCAGCGCAGGAACAAGAGCAGGCGCGACCUGUCACCAUCAUCAGGGAUGCGGACGUGAGACAUCAGGAAGCCCGGAGUCAGCCGCAGCAGCAGCAGCAGCAGCAGCAGCAGCCGCCCCGCAGCCUCCUUACGCUUGUGAGAGGGCAAGAACAUCGGGAGCAUCUUCACCGGGAACGACCCGCAGGGAGCACCGGGGCGCAGGGGAACCGCACUGUCAACGACACCCAGGAUGUCAGUGUCAGCCCGCCUCUAUCCAGAGCCAGUGACAUGAUGGUCGGUGAUGAUCCGUACGAUCCUUACAAGUCCAUCGACUUUGACAACCCAUAUUACAAUCAUUAUGAUGUUUACGAGAGACCAAGACCGAGGUCAAGACCCGGAUAUGGUACAAGGUAUCAUCAGUAUGGUCUUCCUGAUCUUGUGCCAGAUCCAUACUACAUUCAAGCCUCUGCUUAUGUCCAAAGAGCACCAAUGUACAAUCUGAGAUGUGCAGCUGAGGAAAACUGUUUGUCAAGCUCAGCCUAUCGAGCGAGAGACUACGACACCAGAGUGCUGCUGAGGUUUCCUCAGAAAGUCAAGAACCAAGGCACAGCUGACUUCCUCCCCAGCAGGCCACGCUACUCCUGGGAGUGGCACAGCUGCCACCAGUGAGUAGAAAGUUUACGUCCACGCUGUCCACCUCAUCAUCACACAAACAUUUCAUAAUCUUUUUUUUUUAUUUUUUUAUUUCUCCUCCAGUUUGGGUGGAUUUUGGUUUUGCUGCUUUUUCUCUGCCUUUGUGAGUCAGCCUGUAAACUGUUCCCACCCCCUAUUGUGUUCUCUCACUUCAUAAAUCUGCUUAUUUUAACCAAGUGGAAAACUGACAGAACUUUAAAAAGUUUGUGAAGGUCAUUAAAAAUUCAGUGUGGUCAAGAAAACACAAUCCUGUUAUGUAUUAAAUACUAAAUACAGUUUUUUUCUUUUACAUUCCUUAGAUGUUUUCAAUUUAUACAGCAUUUCUUACACAUAAUGGCCAAUGAAAGCGCCUUUACACAAUGACUCAAAAUCACUUAUCAGAACACACACACAUUGAUAUAUAGAUAAUAAAAUCAUCAUGUUGCAGAGGGUGAAUCAAACUAUGACCACUCUUCGCACUGAGUCACAAAUCUUCUUAAUCGGAAUUAUUAAAAAAAAUUCUGACUGUUCUUCCUUUACUGUUUUAACCCAGUGGAGCCUGAAUUCACUUACAAUCACAUGAAAACAAAUUUUUUACAUUCUGCUAUCAAAGUGAUUCUAAGUUAAAUAAAUACUGGUAACAUUAA